CCCCUGGCGUCAACGACACAUUCGAAAUUGCGAUAACAUUCACCAUAUUUGAGAGCUGCUGAGCCGCCAUCACGGAAGUCGUCUUGGCCCCGUGAAUGUCGCCAGAUUAGUCCUCGAUACGAUUUGGCUUCGUGAAACCCCCCCCACGAGCCACCGGGAGCAGACGCUGGCCUUCGUUCGACCCGGCGUACUUGAACCUGACUCAUUUCCCAGUGCGAGCUGGUGGUCAUGAUGCGAGCGGUGGCCGGAAGAUCUCAGACACACUAUCCUUACACGAGCCUUUUGCCUUCCUAGUUGGCCCUCCCCUACGACCUCCUUGACAUCUCUCGUGUCAUCUCGUACCAGCUUUGAGCUGAGACCUAUUUCCGUCCGCCAAGUCACCGCUGUCGUCGUCGGCCUGUUGGUCUCCGAGGUCCGAAUCCGCCGCCGCCGCCAUGCCGGGCCUUCCCUCAAGUAUCGAUCUGGAUGAAUGCAUUGAGCGAUUGUACCGAAAGGAGCUCUUAGCAGACUCGGUUAUUGAGGCGAUCUGUGCCAAAGCAAAGGAACUCUUGAUGAAGGAGAGCAAUGUGGUCCAUAUCGCUGCCCCCGUCACCGUUGUUGGAGACAUCCAUGGCCAGUUCUUUGACAUGAUCGAGAUCUUCAAAAUCGGCGGAUUCUGUCCGAACACAAACUAUCUGUUUUUAGGCGAUUACGUGGACCGUGGUUUGUUUAGUGUCGAGACGAUCUCGCUGCUCGUCUGCUUGAAGCUCCGGUAUCCCCAGCGAGUGCAUCUCAUCCGCGGCAAUCACGAGUCACGCGGGGUGACGCAGUCGUACGGGUUCUACACGGAAUGCGCGCGCAAGUACGGCAACGCGAACGUCUGGCACUACUUCACCGACAUGUUCGACUUCCUGACGCUCAGCGUGGUGAUCAACGACCAAAUCUUCUGCGUGCACGGGGGCCUGUCUCCCUCGAUCCACUCCAUCGACCAGAUCAAGAUCAUCGAUCGCUUCCGGGAGAUCCCGCACGAGGGCCCGAUGGCGGACCUGGUCUGGUCCGACCCGGACACCGAGCGGGACGAGUUCUCCCUCUCCCCGCGUGGUGCCGGAUACACCUUUGGCGCGCAGGUGGUGCGCAAGUUCCUCGAGGUGAACAGCAUGUCGCACAUCCUGCGCGCCCACCAGCUUUGCCAAGAAGGGUAUCAGGUGCUGUACGACGACCGGCUGAGCACAGUCUGGAGCGCCCCGAACUACUGCUACCGCUGCGGGAACCUGGCCAGCGUGCUCGAGGUCAGCGACACGGGCGAGCGCUUCUUUAAUAUCUUCGACGCCGCCCCAGAGAACGACAUCCACCGCAGCGAGCAGCAGGCUCAGCAGAACAAGGAUGGUCAGAAUCCCGUCAUCGACUACUUUUUGUGAUACCCC